AUGUUACUAGUAUUUCUCUAUGCUAUAAUGUUGGUUGAUUAUGCAUAUGUGUUUGCAGAUACGGAUAUAGAUGGAUAUCAUAUUGUUAAUCACGAUGAUCUACCAUUGCCACCUGUUGAUCCACUUACUCCGGUUUUACCCGAGGCAUAUUGCUCAAGCCCCCCUGGUUUUUCACCACCUUCCUCCACCACUCUGCCGCCAACUAUUGGAUCUUACAACCCAUCACCGCCUGCCACAUCAUCUUCCUCCUACCCUACACCACCUUUCACUUUCCCCACACCACCCACCACCACCAGCACCCCAGGCUCACCUGCCACCUAUCAACCCACACCUAGCGGAUCUAAUAACCCACCCGCCACCUACGAACCCACCCCUAGCGGAUCUUCCAACCCACCCGCCACCUACGAACCCACCCCUAGUGGAUCUUCCAACCCACCCGCCACCUACGAACCCACCCCUAGUGGAUCUUACAACAAUCCACCUUCCGGUUCAUACGAACCGAGCCCACCAACUUUCACGUUUCCGUCUCCUACAGGGUUCAUACCCGCACCGCCACUUUUCGAACCACCAAUUGUGUACCCACCUCCGACACGAUCACCGCCAGCUCAUAGUUCGCCGGAAUCCGCCCUGUGGUGUGUGGCUAAACCGUCUGUACCAGAUCCAAUCAUCCAAGAAGCUAUGAAUUACGCGUGUGGUUCAGGGGCGGAUUGUGAGUCAUUGCAACCAAAUGGUGAAUGUUUUCAACCGGAUACAUUGUUUGCACAUGCUUCUUAUGCGUUUAAUAGCUACUGGCAAAGAACAAAAGUCGCCGGAGGCACCUGUGAAUUUGGCGGCUCAGCCAUGCUCGUCACCGCUGAUCCAAGUUAUGACGGCUGCCAUUUCAUCUACUUCUAAUGGGUUUUCUUUUACAUGAUUAGAG